AUGUCUGCCAUCCCACCAGGAAACGUUGCCAACGGAGACAAGCUUUUCAAGGCUCGCUGUGCUCAGUGCCACACCGUCGCCAAGGACGCCCCAAACAAGCAAGGACCAAACUUGUACGGUCUCUUUGGUAGAAAGUCUGGUACCGUCCCAGGUUACUCCUACUCCCCAGCCAACCAGAGCGCUGGUAUCCUCUGGGGCGAGCAGACUCUGUUCGACUACUUGGAGAACCCCAAGAAGUACAUCCCCAAGACCAAGAUGGCCUUCCCAGGUUUCAAGAGCGAGCAAGACAGAGCUGAUGUCAUCGCUUACCUCCAGAGCUCCACUGCCUAA